AUGGACCGUAGUUGGAUGUAUGGUAGACGUGACACAAAGGAUUUCAUGCAUGGGGUUUCGGAGUUCUGUAUGAGUGCUUUACAACAUCAAGCUAGUACGGGGUUCAAAGAGUUUAAUUUUCCUUGUGCCGAUUGUGAGAAUGUGAACACGGUCAAUAGUGUUUUGUUUAUUAGAGAUCAUGUAUUUGUGCGUGGGUUUAGACCUAAUUACCAUGUAUGGGUUUAUCAUGGUGAGAGUGGAGUGUGCGUAGAUAAUUCUAGUAAGAAUGUUGUGCAUGAACAAGAAGAAGCUAUCUAUGCGGAAGAGGAAGCCGAUUGUUUUGAGGAUGACGAUGAUGUUGAAAAUAAUAUUGAUGAUGAUAUUGAUCGUGUGGAGGACAUGUUUCACGAGGUCGGUGAUGAGGUUCGCGAUCGUGUUUUUGAGUGCUUGUCUAAGGCAGCUGAAAGACCACUGUAUCCUGGUUGUACAAAGUAUAGCAGGAUUUCCGCUGUUUGCACACUCUACAAUAUCAAGACAAGCGGAGGCUGGACUGACAUUAGUUUCACUGAGUUGUUGGUGGCUCUAAGUGAUAUGUUAUCGGCUGGAAAUAAACUUCCCAGGUCGAACUAUUAUGCCAAGAAGCUCAUGUGUCCCUUUGGUUUAGAGUACAAGAAGAUACAUGCUUGUCCAAAUGAUUUUCUGCUAUAUCAUAAGCAAUAUGAGAAUUUGGAUAAGUGUCCACGUUGCGGAGUGUCGCGUUACAAACGCAAAGGGGUAAGCGAGGAUAAGAAUGUGUACCCAGCUAAGGUGUUAUGGAAGAAAGAUGGUUUGCUUAGACAUCCUGCUAAUUCUCCCCAGUGGAAGACUAUUGACAAGCUUCAUGACACUUUUGGUAAGGAACCUCGGAAUUUGAGGCUUGGGUUAUGUACGGAUGGGAUGAAUCCAUUUGGCACUCUUAGCUCCCAACAUAGUACAUGGCCAGUACUUUUAGUCAUAUAUAAUUUACCUCCUUGGUUGUGUAUGAAACGCAAGUACAUCAUGUUAUCGCUUCUCAUAUCGGGGCCUAAACAACUGGGAAAUGACAUAGAUGUCUAUCUUGAACCUCUCAUUGAUGAUUUUAGAAAGAUGUGGGAUGAAGGGGUUUCCGUAUUUGAUGCACAUGCAAAUGAGACGUUUAGAUUGCGUGCAAUUCUUUUCUGCACCAUCAAUGACUUCCCUGCUUAUGGUAACUUAUUCGGGUACAAGAACAAAGGAAUAAAAGCAUGCCCGACUUGUGAAGAUGAUACACAAUCCAAAUAUAUUUCUGGAGGUCACAAAUAUGUGUUCUUGCGAAUGCAAAGGCUUCUUAGACGUGAUCAUCCCUAUCGUAAGAUGAAGACAGCAUUCAAUGGGGAUGUUGAGAUGGAUGUCGCUCAUAGAGCGUUGACUAGUAAGGAAGUUUAUGAGCGGGUCAUUGGUGUUGAAACGGUCUUCGAAAAGUCAGUGAAGGACAAAACGGAUUAUGAAAAAAAGAGUCCGCGUUCUGGAAACUUCCAUAUUGGAAAGAUCUACCUCUUAGGCAUUGUCUUGACGUCAUGCAUAUCGAGAAAAAUGUUGUGA